AUGGCCUCUCGCCUGCUAUCUUCUGAUAACUCCGGUGAGGCUCCACUGACUCUACCUCCUCAUCUCGACUUCAGUCUAGCUGAGAUUCGCACUCAGUUGAUCGCCCUUGGCCUCUCUUCCGGCGAUUCUGAUGCCAACGAAGAUGUAAAGUUUUCCAAUACUUCAGAUUCUCAUCUAGUCAGGCUCAAGUCUCAACUGGAUGAGCUUAUUCGCUCCGAGCACUUAGCCGCUCUCAAUGAUGGUGCCGUCUCUAGCAAAUGUGGUAGCAUUAAAGGAAUACCCAUCUCUAGUCCCGCUCAUUAUCUUCAGACGAAGUCAGUAAAUAUACAUGGGACAACUUCCGGAACCCAAGAUAUUCGUAUUAGGAGCGAAACUACUGGUAAAGCUCUUAGCGGAUAUAGUGAUGAUCUUGUUGAGCUAGAAAAUUUAGACUGUGGGAUUGGUCUGGCGCAGUCCGACACGGUCGUUCCCAAGUCAUUAUGUGACAACGCCACUUGUCGACAAUCUAGCUCUGAGGAUUUCACCGUCUCCGUAGGUCCCUUUAAUGAUUUCUGCCAUACAGCUCCAGCAAAGAUUCAUUAA